UUGAGGCACCAAAGAUCCAACUGACGUCACCUUUGCGGAGAGGACAUUCAAAAUACUGUCAGGGUUAAAGCUAUUUCACCACGGCCACCCCGAAAGGUACAUCGCACAACAGCAACCAACAACAAACAACAACAACAGUCACACAAGCACCAUGACCUCUGCGGCUCUCAAGAAUUUCGAUGUGUCUCAGUUGCCCUCUGUCAAGGCCGGCAUGACCGCCAAGGAAGAGACGAUUCGUCGGAGAAAGACGUGUCGAUUCAUUGAAGAAGCCGGGCGAAUCCUCAAGCUUCCGCGAGUCGCCAAUGCGACGGCCAUGGUCUUUUUCCACCGCUUUUAUGCCAAGCACUCGUUUAUGGAACACGAUCGAUUCGAAGUGGCAGUGGCCAGUAUCUUGUUGGCCGCCAAGACCGAAGAGGCACCCAAAAAGCUCAACGAGAUUGUCGCAAAAUGCUUGGAAUUGAAAUCUACCGGAGUUUCGAAUGCUGGCAAAGGCGCAGGACCCGUGAUAGACCCGAAAAGCGAAGAAUUUGCCAAACGCAAAGAACGCAUUUUAUUGUUGGAACGUGUCGUGCUGCAUACCAUUGGCUUUGAAUUGAGCAUUGAUCAUCCCUACAAGUUUCUCGUGGAAAUUAUCAAGAAACUCACGCACACACGCCAGCUCGAAUACAAAAAUCCACAAUCUUCUUCCAAAACUAGCAGUAUGAACAAUAUGCUCAACGAUUUGGUCAAAUAUUCCAUGUGUUUUGCCAACGAUUCCGUACACACAUCCCUCUGUCUCCAAUUCUCGCCGCAGUUGAUUGCCACGGCAUGUGUCUAUUUGGCCGGUCAUUUUGCCAAUGUCCAACCGACCAACAAUAAGAAAACAUGGUUGGAAGUACUGGCAUGUCCUCCCAAUCAAGCCGAAGCCGUAAGUUCGAUUUGUGGACAAAUUAUUGAAUUGAUUGUCGAUCGACGGGGGACAGAUGUCGAUGCAUUCAAAGAGAUUCGGGCCAAUUUAGGGCGGUUGAAAGGAGUCGAAGGGGCUACUAGAACACCAUCAGCAGCGAAUACUCCAACGAAAGCUGCUCCGCCAACACCCAAACAGCCUCCACGGGGACCGCCUGCGGACGAGUCGGCAUCGAAACGACAACGGACAUCCUGAGAAUGAUUGAAUCGAUUCGAUUCGAUUCUGAUUCAUUCCAUCGGUGGACGACAACCUUGCACAUGGCCCAAGAGGAUGUGGUUGCUGUUCGAGACUGCAGUGUAACAAUUACAUGUAUAGCUAGAAUGCUCUCAGCAACAUGGUCUUUGAUUGAAUCAUUCAAUACUGCCGGUACCGUACCGGUACGGUAGAGUAGC